AUGGUAAGUUGGUACGUUCGCACUUGGGGGGGAGGGGGUACCGGACAAAGCGAACUUUUGCGAACGAGGGGAAGGGCCCCUUCCGAAGGGGGAUGUGGAGGGGACUCAAAUGUUGAUGUGUUAACUUCGGGUGAUAUGGUGAGAGGCCGGUGCAUAAUCGAGCUAGAUGGUGUCGUAAAAUUAUCACAGAUCGGGUCGCACACUCUUCGAAGACCAUUUGAUAGGAAAUUAAACAAGGGUUGCCAUGAAUUGCCAUUCACCCUGACACUACCAAAAGGAGGAAUUCCAUCGAGCUAUAAAUCGAGAAAUGCGACCGUCGAGUACACUAUCAAUGGAAUCAUUAAAAAGCCUGAAAUGUUAAAAUUAGAUCACCGUGCUCAGAUAAUCAAACUAACUGUAGAAGCACCCUUUAUCUUUCCUAACCUUAUGUUACCAAGGCAAAUGGUAAGCGAAAAGCAACUUGGUCUAAUAUCCAAUGAUGGCACUGUUCGGGCCACUGUUAAUUUAAAUAAACAGGGUUUUUAUCCAGUGGACUAUAUUGUGAAUAAUCGGACGUCACUCGGGGUGACCACAAGCGCCCGAUUGGACAGAAAAACAUCUAUUGGUUUAGCGGUUACCCCGGGUAUAGACGGCGCGGGGAUGAUCCAGGUACCCGUCCCGAUGGGCAUACCAUUAUCUAUGAAAAUAACGCACAUUUCCAUCAUUCCCAGUGGUCACUCCAUUAAUUUGAUUGCAGCCAUUAAUCUGGUCACUCUCCCAUAG